CCGCCCUUUUGGACCGUUCACUGGUACAGGCCGUCGCGCCACAGCAACAACAACAACCACAACAGCAGCAGCAGCAGCAGCAGCAGCAGCAACAACACCAACAACAACCAUCCUCACAACAGCAACAAGGAGUAGGAGCAGGCUAUGGUGAUCAUCCCGACUGGGCUGCUGCUACACGGUCAAGCAACUGGGCGCUUGUCUGGUUCAUCGUUCCGAGUGCCUGUGAUCUGAUUGCCACUACGGUAAAUAAACAUACGAUGUAUUAUUCCUGACGAGGAGGUUCAAGAGGAGAGAAAAAGAGGGAGACAGCACGUUCUUGUCUUUUUGUGCGUGAUUGCUAAUAUAUAUGUGAAAUACGACAUGGCUAGUUGAUGAACCUGGGCCUGAUAUACAGCACCGCAUCCAUCUUCCAAAUGGUACGGAGCAGCAUCGUGGGCUUCUCUGCCAUCUUCAGCCUGAUCUUUCUCUCUCGACGCUUCCUUGGCUACGAAUGGGGUGCCGUUGCUGCCAUUCUCAUCGGCACCACCCUCGUCUGCAUGCAAGAUGACUGGAUUGGCCCCGCCUACCUCUGCGUGGCCCAGCUGUUUGUCGCCGGUCAGUUCGUUCUGGAAGAGUACUUGAUGGACCGAUACCGCCUGCAUCCGCUCAAGGCCAUGGGGAUCGAGGGUGCAUUCGGCACGGUGCUGCUGGUCAUUGCCAUGCUCAUUGCGGUGGUGGUCGACAUUGACGACAAUACGCGUGCAGGUGUGCUGCAGCUGUUUGAUGACUAUGUCCUCUGGCAGUCGGCCCUCGUCCUUGCCCUCAUGGUCGCCUUGUUCAACUUCUUUGGUCUGGCUGUAAGCACGCCGGUCGGAGUUCCUGGGCGGAGUGUCAUUGACACUUUGAGAACGAUUCUUAUCUGGGUUAUUGCUAUCCACUAUGGAUGGGACACCUUUUCAUGGAUCCAGCUUGGCGGAUUCGUGGUGCUUGUCCUCGGUGUGUUUGUAUUCAACGGCGUGUUUUCGUGGGUGUGGCAUCAUGCAGGCGGACAUGCACGAAACGGUGAGACAGCGCCUCUGUUGUCCUAAAAAAAGCCCGAAUGGAUACACCCGCAACAAUGCAUACACCCUUUGACGAGAUAAGCAUGCGAUGGAAAUGCCAGUGUUUUUAUAAACUUAAAAAUACAUACACACAUAAUAAAAAAAAUACAUUUAUUUGCUAUCCCCCCCCCUCCCCCAAAUGUAGUUCACACGAGAAAAAAAAACACUACUGCUUCUUAUGUCUCUUCCACUUGGCCUUUGCGCGUUCUUCCAUUCUUUCACCGUAUUCGUCCAUCGGCAGAUGGAAGUCGCACUCGCCCAUAGGCGGUAUCCUGUGUCCAAAUGCAAGGAUGUUACGGGCACUCCUGCGUGAUCCUUUGGGUGGCUCGUUGAGUGUGGCAGACUUGAAGAAUGAUUUGAAUGAUGGGGGUAUUGUUGUGGAUGCUUUCUUCUUGGAUGUCUUGUUUGAUGCUGAUGCUGAUGCCAAAGUUGUUGUUGUUG